AUGGUAUUCUGCCAACAAGGUCAAAAAACAUACUAUGAACUAAUAACGGAACCAAUUACAUUAGGUCCCAAGGAUAAUAAAGUUAUAGAACAUUCACAGUUACCGUUAGUAAAGGACGAGUUGUCAGUAACGUUAAGAAUAUAUCUUGCGAGUCAUGGUCUCGAUUGGACUUCUGUUUUUCAUAAAGGUGGUUUUCAAAG